AUGAAGCUCCAAGCCGCCCCGGGUCAGGCCCUCCCCGCGGUGGAGCACCCGAUCUCAUGGCGCCCGUCGCUCGUCGAGCAGGGACUGGCGGCCGCCACCUCCCGCGCGGCCCGUGGCGAGGCCACCGCGGCCCCGCUGCUGAGGCUGCCGGCGGAGCGGCCGACCCGGGGCACGCCCCGGGAUCCGCAGCAGGUCCUCCUGGCCACGCGCGCGGCCGCGCCGGCGUGCGGGCGCAGCCCCGCGGCCCCGCGACCAGGGCCUCCCGGAGGCCCCCUCGGUGGCGACGGCGGGCGCGCCGCUGGGCGCCGCGGCGCGCGGUCCCCCGCCGGUUCCCCAGGCGCGUCGCCGCGGGGGGCAGCUCCGCAGAGCCCGCCCUGCGCCCCGCGCGCGCGCGCGGUGCCAGUGGCCGUGGAUCCUCCACCGCCUGCCGCGGAGUUCGCCGCCAUGAUGGAGGAGAUGGACGUUCUCGAUCUCUUCGACCUCCCGGCGGCUCCGGCACUGCUGCCGCCGCUCGUACAGUCACAGGCCGCCUCUUGUGGCCUCUGGACCGGUAUCCACAGCGCGUCGACCGCGGUGUCGGUGGCCAGCUCGGACCUCUGA